UGCAGAAUCUCACGUGUUUCAAAAUGUCUGCCUUCUGUGUUGUUGUCAUGUGCUGAGUUGCUGAUUUAUUUUCGAGCACCAGUCGUUUUUUAUAUAUUCUAACCACUUCAAAGCGUUGAACAAAUUAUAAAAAGUAAACGGUGCAGUUACUUAUCGCAAUGGCUCAAAGAAAGAAGAAACUGACGAAGAAAAAGAGACACAUUGGCCACCGGGUGCCUGACGAAUCGGAUGGUGGAGACUUCGAAGUUGCUGCUAAAAUUAUGGACGAUGAUUCUCCUGGCGGAAAGUUACCUCGGUUCCCUGGAGCUUCGUCAGAGUGCCUGUCUGAUGUGGAACCUGACACCAGGGAGCUGGUCAGAGCUCAGAACAAGAAGAAAAAGAAGUCUGGGGGCUUCCAGUCCAUGGGUCUCAGUUACCCAGUUUUUAAAGGGGUCAUGAAGAAGGGCUACAAAGUCCCUACUCCAAUCCAGAGAAAGACUAUCCCAGUGAUUCUAGAUGGCAAGGACAUGGUUGCCAUGGCAAGGACAGGCAGCGGGAAGACAGCUGCGUUCUUGGUGCCCAUGUUUGAGAAGCUGAAGGCCCCCCAGGCCCAGACAGGGGCCAGGGCUCUCAUUCUGACCCCCACCAGAGAGUUGGCGCUGCAAACCAUGAAGUUCACCAAAGAGUUGGGGAAAUUCACCGGCCUUAAGACUGCUUUGAUCCUUGGUGGAGACCGAAUGGAUGAUCAGUUUGCUGCACUUCAUGAGAACCCGGACAUAAUUAUCGGUACCCCAGGUCGUCUGAUGCAUGUUGUCAUGGAGAUGAACCUGAAGCUACAGAGUGUGGAGUAUGUUGUGUUUGAUGAGGCUGACAGGCUGUUUGAGAUGGGCUUUGCUGACCAGCUCCAGGAGAUCAUCCGGAGGCUUCCAGACAACAGACAGACACUGCUGUUCUCCGCCACCCUGCCCAAACUACUGGUGGAGUUUGCUAGAGCUGGUUUGACGGAGCCAGUGCUGAUUCGUCUGGACGUGGACAGCAAGCUGAGUGAGCUGCUGAAGCUGUCGUUCUUCCACCUGAGGAUGGAUGAUAAGCCGGCUCUGCUUCUCCACCUGCUGAGGAACGUGGCGAAGCCCCAGGAGCAGACAGUGGUCUUUGUUGCCACCAAACACCAUGUGGAGUACCUCAAAGAGCUGCUGUCCUCUGAGGGCGUGGAGUGUGCCUACAUCUACAGUGCCCUGGAUCAGACGGCCAGGAAGAUCAACAUUGGUAAAUUUGUCCACCGCAAGGCCAUGGUGCUGAUUGUGACAGACGUGGCUGCUCGCGGUAUAGACAUCCCCCUGCUGGACAACGUCAUCAACUACAACUUCCCCUCCAAAGCCAAGCUCUUCCUGCACAGAGUCGGUCGAGUGGCACGUGCCGGCCGCGGUGGCGCUGCCUACAGCCUGGUGUGUACAGAUGAGAUACCUUUUGUCUAUGACCUCCAUCUCUUCCUGGGGAGACCCCUUCAGCUGGCUACGCCUGACCACCGACAAGAGUCGGACGGUGUGUUUGGUCGUGUACCCCAGAGCAUCCUGGAUGAUGAGGAGUCCCAGCUGAUUACGGCCCAUGAGAACUCUCAUGACCUGCAGAACCUGCGCCGCAUAGCGGACAAUGCCUACAAGCAGUACAUCAAGUCCCGGCCCAUGCCCUCGCCAGAGUCCUUUAAACGGGUCAAGAACACAGAGCUCCCCAGCCUGGCUGUCCACCCACUGUUAGGGUCAGGCUUGGAGAAAAUGGAACUGGAGCGCCUUCAAAUGGUGGACUGCAUUAAGGGCUACAAGGCUAGAGCUACAAUCUUUGAGAUCAACUCUAGCAGCAAGACCAACGCCAGCGUGGUGAUGCGAGCCAAGCGUUCUAGGGACACACGGCUGGUGGAUAAUUUCACCCAGAAGAGGGUGGUUCUGGCUGCAGAGGGCAGGUAUCACGUUCCUGUCACUGCUCUGCCCUCCACACACCACACGGCAGACCAGGAGGACAGUGAAGAGGAGGACCUUCAGGGUGUGUUCUCUGAGGUAGUGGGGGGGAAGAGGAGGAAGCCACAGGACGACGGCGAGGCGGAGAGGCCAGACAGUAAGAAGACCAAACAGACUGGCCGUGAUGAGGAGAACUACAUCCCCUACAGACCGAAGGACUUCAACUCUGAGAGAGGACUGAGCCUGGGAGCAGAAGGCACAACGUUUGAGCAGCAGGCUUCUACUGCUGUACUGGACCUGAUGGGAGACGAAGGAGACAGACUCAACCAGCACAAACACAUGAUGAAGUGGGAUCGCAAGAGAAAGCGCUUCGUCAAAGAAACAGGAAAGGAGGCAGACCAGAAGAAGAAGAAGAGAACAGAGAGCGGACAGAUGAUCAACAACAAGAACAAGAAGAACUUCUAUGAAGAGUGGAAGAAGAAGUACAAGGUGGAUGACGGAGGGGGUGGAGAUUCAGAUGGAGAGACCGGAGGUGGAGGCAGAGGAAGGAGGGGUGGAGGCAGAGGCAGGCCUGGCCGGGGCCGAGGUGGCCCAUCCCGGGGCCCCAACUCCCAGCCCCUGGGUCCCCCAGGCCAGCAGAGGGGUGGUAGCGGUGGCUCUCGGGGCCCGCGCUCAGAGCUGAAGAGCCGUGACCAGAUCCUAAAGCAGCGCAAGAAGACAGAGAAACAGAGGUUCCUGCAGAGUGGAGGCUUGAAGAAGCUCCGGGGCAAGGGCAAGCAGCGCCUCAACGACCAGAAGAAGUCUGGCUUUGGCCGUGGUGUACACAAGAAGGGCAAGAUGAAGAAGAGACUGUGAGGGAGGGGGGUGAUGAAUAGAUGAGGUCUGUGGAAAAAGAGCUAGUGAGAGAUGGAAGAAUCGGCGAAGAGAUGAGGCAAUGGAUGGAGAGGCUUUUUUUCAUCCCAAGUUGGGGGUUACGGAGGGUAAGAUCCGUGUCCACAUAUUUUAUGUGCCCCUAGCCUUGAUGCGGCUGUGCAUGACAGGGCUAGACCAAUUGAAACCUGUAUUUUACAGAUCUGUUUGCAUCAUAACCUAUCCAGAUGGAUCGCUAUCUCAAUAUAAUAUUUGUUUAUGUAUGUGAUUUGUGUUAUUAUCUGUGACUGUGUUAUUCUUUAUUAUAAAGUCCUAGGAGGAACAGAAAAACCCAUUACAGUAGGUCAUACAAAGCUGCCCAUUGAGCAGUGUGAAAUUCAUUCCUGUUUUUUCUGGGCAGUCGGAACAGAUCGAUGAGGUCAACCACAUUGUACAAAGAAUAACCUGCCAGUCUACCAGAAGGUGGCAGUAAAGCCUAGAGAGAGGUCUGCCAGAGGAUCUCGGGUCACUACCAACAUGUUUUCAUUUCAGAGAUCUGUAUUCAUUUGACCAAGCUGACAGCGGAGUAACCAGAGGGUGUUGAGAGAUUUACUCCGGGCCAAGAGUGUGGUGGAGAUGGAGGUUCACUAGAAUAAGGAGAAUUGGGGAACGUUUCUGUCAGCAAAGAGCCACAAAGCCAACCUCCCUACAUUGCCUCCAGUCGCUAAAAGAAAGCUGUGUUCUAUACACUUAACAAGACAUGUUUGGGAAAGGGCUUUGUAGUAGGUUUUUCUCCUUUUUAUGCAAUUUUAAUAUACAACAAAAGUAUUCAUUUGGUAAAUUAAUACACUAAAACCUACAUUAGAUAAAUACAAUCAGUAUGUUUUUUUGCAGAUUUGUUUUUCUUCCCUAUCCAAUUGUUUUUGUUAACUGUAGCCAACACUGAACUUUGCAUUCAGCAUAAUUUCUGUACCAUAUUUUCAGGAAAAAUAUAUAUGUAGGCACGCCAUAAGCCUAAAAACACAGGGUCAAAGACGGAGUGUGUUUUGAAGUCCUGCCGUUGUACAACAGAUGAGCUGACGUGACUGGAGAGACACACUCCGUCUGAAUGUGGUUAGAUGCAAGUUGUUUGAUGAUAUGUGUACAUGCUAUAUCACAAGUUAUCUAUGGUCAAAGUUAUCUUUAGGCCUGCUCUACUAGAAUGAAGAUUUGUGGCUUC